AUGAGCUCCAAACCCGUCGUCCGCGAACCCAGCCAUGCGGGCUCGUGGUACUCAUCGUCAAGGAACCAACUCUCCUCACAGCUAGAUGGCUGGCUUGAUGCUGUCAAAUCACCUCUCCAUUGCAUCGGCCCUCAUUCAGAAGGUAGAGUAGUCGUCUUCUACAUGGAUUCAACGCGACUGAUGGUGCCCAGACACGCUGGGUACUCCUACUCCGGCCCGGCAGCAGCAUAUGCAUACAAGUCAUGGGAUGUCAGUAAGGCUAAGCGAGUAUUUUUGCUAGGACCAUCACAUCACCACUACCUGACAAAAGCCGCGCUGAGCAAAUGCACGCACUACGGCACACCUCUGGGCAACUUGACUGUAGACCGUGAGACGACGGCAGAGCUCUACACAGCUAGCCAAUUCGAAUGGAUGUCCCAGUCCGUCGACGAGGACGAGCACAGUCUGGAGAUGCACCUCCCUUACAUCUACAAAAUGCUGAGCAGAACAUUUGGCGAAGACGAUUCAGCUUUCCCACUCCUGGUCCCCAUCAUGGUCGGCAACACCUCGGCUUCAACCGAACGCAAGCUCGCUCAGAUUCUGGCACCCUAUCUCAGCGAUCCCAGCACAGCAUUCGUCAUCAGCUCUGACUUUGCACACUGGGGCCAGCGAUUCCGUUACACCUACUAUCAGCCCAGCUCCGGCCCUGCCGUCAACCUGUCCGCUUCGACCAGCUCACCAAAGGACCCGGCCAUCCACGAAUCGAUCAAAGCCGUCGACUUCGACUGCAUGGGCGCUUGCGAGACUGGCAGCCACGAGAAGUGGCUAGGUUGUCUGGAGGAGAACCACAAUACCGUUUGUGGACGGCAUCCUAUCGGCGUCAUCAUGGCUGCGAUGGAGGAGGUUAAGAAGAGUGGCGAGGCAGCUGCGACCACUUUCAGCUUCGUGCGGUAUGAGCGCAGCAGUGAGGUGAAGAGGCCAAGCGAAAGCAGCGUCAGCUACGCCAGUGCUUUUGCAGUAGUAUGA